AUAUCUAACUGCUAGUGCCACGACUGCAAUAGACAUCCCGAUCAAAGAGCGGAGAAUUCAUUGGCAUAAAACUUGAAGAUUGGACAAGAGAUACAUAAUUAUUUCUUCAAAUUCCACCUUAAUUGGUAAGGUUUCACUACUGAUAUUUCCUUUUGAGCUUCAAAAACAUGUCGCAACUUAUCACAAGAGAAGGCAAAAAAUCAGACUGUCCUUCCAUCUACAAAUUAGUGCAGGAGGCAGCACAGAGCAAUAAAAUACCAGUGGACCCCAAUCUAACACCGGAAGGACUGGAAGAAAUUGGCUUUGGACCUUCUCCUGGUUUUUAUUCCAUUGUUGCGGAAAGAGAUGACUCAUUGGUGGGAUACGCACUCUACUAUCACACUUACUCAACAUGGGAGGGACGCUCUGUGUGCAUGGAGGAUUUGUUUGUCACUGGGACAGAAAAUCACAAUGAUGUUGCAACUGCCAUGUGGAAGAAAUUAGUGGAGGUUGCUCUUGUGGCAGGUUGUGGGAGGUGUAACAUAACAGCAUUGCAAGAUAAAAAGGAAAUGCUAAAUUUCUAUGAAUGUCAUAAGGCUAUAAACUUGACUAAGAGUGAAGCUUGGCACUUCUUUAGAAUGAACCAGGAUUCUAUGGCAGAUUUUGUCAAAGGAAGCAAGGUACCAGAAGGAAUCACAAUAAGGGAAGCCACUUCAUCAGACUGCAUUGGUAUCAGGAAACAGAUCCAGGACUUAGCUGAUUAUGAAAAGAUGCCUGAAGGCCCACAGAUAGAUGCUGAGGUGCUGAAAACUGAUGGAUUUGGAGAACAAGUUUUUUAUAAAGCCUGUGUAGCAGAGGAGCAAGGGAAGAUGGUAGGCUACACACUUUAUUUCUUCACCUUCAACUGGGAGGGCCGAGGAGUCUACAUGGAGGAUCUCUAUGUGUCACCUUCACACCGCGGCAGAGGGAUUGGCAUGGCACUCUGGAGGAAAGUGAUUCAGGUGCGGUAUUCAUCUCCAUUGCUGAAAACUGAUGGAUUUGGAGAACAAGUUUUUUAUAAAGCCUGUGUAGCAGAGGAGCAAGGAAAGAUGGUAGGCUACACACUUUAUUUCUUCACCUUCAACUGGGAGGGACGAGGAGUCUACAUGGAGGAUCUCUAUGUGUCACCUUCACACCGCGGCAGAGGGAUUGGCAUGGCACUCUGGAGGAAAGUGAUUCAGGAUGGCAUGGCACUGCAAGGGAUUCGAUGUGACUUUGCCGUGCUCAACUGGAAUCUUCCAAGCAUUGAGUUCUACAAAAGCAAGGGAGCAGCAGAUAUGACUGAGCAGAAGGGCUUCCUGUUUUAUAGGAUGAAAAAGGAAGAAAUGGAAGAAUUUGUCAAGAAAUGAAUUUUAUUCUUGUUUUUGGAGUGCCUUUUUCCAAUAUGGCAUAUAGAUAUUUUGUCUUCGGUUGAGACUGUGGGAAUGAUUUGUUUUAUUAAAGGGAAAUCUUUGCUAUUUUUGUAUUCAUUUGAUAUUGAUGAAUAUAUUUUCUUACUAAAUUUGAUGGUCUUACAUUACAGUAAUCUAAACUGAUUAAAUAAUUAUUUUAAUUUGAAAAUAGUAUUAUUCAGAAAUUUACAUUAGUCUUUUAGAAAUGUAUUUUUAAAUUUUAGUACGAAGUAAAGAAUAUUUAAAAUUAUUGCAUUUUUAUAUAGUAAUCAUAUAUUUUGUUAGAUUAUUAAUGUUGUUCUUAUUUACAUUACUGUUGAUAUUAUUAUUAUUAUUAUAUAUGUAUAUGCUUAUAGAUAGAAAUACCUCUAAACAGAUUAAAUGAUUAUUUUUUAUUUGCAAAUAGUAUUAUUAAAAAACUCUCAGAAAUUUACAUUAGCCUUUUUUUUUAAUAUAUAUAUUUUAUUUUAGUACAAAGUAAAGCAUAUUAAAAUAUUUCAUUUUUUUUAUAAUAGUCAUAUUUGUUGUUAGGUUAUUGCUGUUAUUCUUAUUUAUCCUACUGUUAUUAUUAUUAUUAUUAUUAUUAUUUUCAUUAUUAUUAUUAUUGAUACUAUUAUUAUUAUUAUUAUUAUUAUUGUUACUACUACUACUCAAUAUUAUUAUUAUUAGUUAUUAUUCUUAAUCCACUACUGCUGGGAUGGCCAAAAUACAUAACAUACCCACUGUGUUAUUUUUGUUUAUUGACUCUCUUUACACAAUGCAGAAAGCUUACCACCAAGGAGUCAGUUACUAGUCAUACCUAUCUGAACUGUUUUUCCUUUUUCCUUGAUUCUUGGGGAGAUUAUUUAAAAUUUAAGAAUGAUAUUCGUAACAUUAUGAUAAUCACAAUGUCAAUAAUAGUAAUAACUUUGGUGUUAACGGUAUUAGAAGAAACAUUCUUUUCCAAAAACUUUUCCAAAGGGAAAAUGUAAGCAUAUUAUCAUAGAAAAACCCACAAUGCAAGAACUAGAUUUAUUGAAAAUGAGUUUCAAAAUACACCUGGAUUCCAUCGUCAGACAAUGCAAGAAAUGUAUCAACACGGAAGAGCGUUUCACCUUUCAUGCAAGGAAACUGAUUGACUCCUUUUGUGGCUGAGCACUUGUGGAGUCACAUCUGUGCAAAGUUUACAAAAGAAAACUAUAGUCAACAGUACAUAAACUUGACAGUAGUUGGUUAAUAUUAUUGUUAUUACUAUUGUUAUUAUUAUAUAUUCUUAUAAUCAUCAUCAUUAUUAUAACUUUAUAUUAUUAUUAUUAUUAAUAUUAUUAUAUAUUUUUUUAUUAUUAUUGUCAUUAUUACUGUUAUUAUAAUUCUAUUAUUAUUAUUAUUAAUAUUAUUGUUAUUAUUGUUUUUAUUAUUAUUGUCAUCAUUAUCUUCAUUAUUGUUGUAUAAUUUCUUUUGUUUUUCUUUUUUGUUGUUGCUGUAGUUAUAAAGUUAUUUACAUAUC